AUGCCUGAAUCUGGAAACUGCACCUCUAUCAUAAACUUGCGUUACCAAGAUGGCACCGAGGGGAGCCCCUCCAACCCGGCCAAGUUCAACAACCAAGACUACGCACAGCUGAAGGACAACUCCCUCCGCAGAAGGAGGCUGUUUGUGGACAACACCUUCCCACCCAACAACCAAUCUCUGGGAGACCUGGAGGGUUUGAGCCGUUGGCAGGAAGCCCAAGUGGAGUGGCUUCGACCAGCCGACAUCUUGAAAGCACAAAACAACAGCAGUGAUCCUGUUUUCUGUAGCAAAGGAGCCUCCCGAUUUGACUUUGAUCAAGGCAUCGUGGGUAACUGCUGGUUUCUGGCUGCGAUUUCCUCACUGACAUUCAAGAAAAGCCUGUUUGGUCAAGUUGUGGCUUUGGACCAGAGCUUCAGUGACUAUGCAGGGAUGUUUCACUUCCGGUUCUGGAGGUUCGGCAAGUGGGUGGAUGUUGUCAUCGACGACCACCUGCCAACACUCAACAACCAGCUUCUGUCUGUGCGCUCCAAGAUUGGAAAUGAGUUCUGGGCUCCUCUGCUGGAGAAAGCGUAUGCCAAAGUGUGCGGCUCAUACGCAGACAUGAGCGCUGGAUUGCCAUCAGAGGCCUGCAAGGAUUUCAGUGGAGGCUUGAACAAGAAUUACGAACUCCAGGAAGCCCACUCGGCGGGCCAUGAUGUGGAACUGUGGAACGCGCUGAGCAGAGCCACCAAGUGCCAGUCGAUGAUUUGCUGCGGGACUCCUCAGAAAGGGGGGAAGUUGGUGAACACCGUAGAGGAAACUGGUAUAGUGGAUGCACAUGCCUAUUCUGUCACAGAGGUCACUGAGGUUCAUUAUUACGGUUCCAAAGUGAAGCUGGUGCGACUCAUGAAUCCUUGGGGCAAAACUGAGUGGAAUGGGAAGUGGAGUGACAAGUCCGACCUUUGGAUUAGAGUCAGCCCAGAAGAUCGGGAAAAGUGUUUUGACCGCAACGAUGGAGAGUUCUGGAUGGCGUUGGAGGACUUCUGUUAUUAUUUCCAAAUAUUGUUCAUCUGCUGUGAGAACCCCAACUUUAUUGAUGGUGACGUCACCAGCCAGUGGAAAUCCAUGGUUUACGAUGGCAGCUGGGUGGCAGGGAAAUCUGCAGGCGGCAACGUGUCUUACUCUUCCUUUGAGACGAAUCCUCAGUAUCGCUUGCAGGUGUCUAAUAUAAACAAGGAGGAGGAGAAAGACCAAAACAUAUUCCUUUCUCUGAUGCAGAAGCCUCAGCAAAAGAAUCGUAAAAGAGUAAGAUCCUACCCAAUUGGACUUACCAUCUUUAAGAUUCCACCAGGGACACCACAAGGUCGCGUGAGGUCCUCCUUCUUUAAAAGAAACAGUCCCAUCAAGCUAAGGCAGCUUUACACCAACGACAGGGAUCUGGUUGAGCCGCACAGCCUGGAGCCCGGAGAGUAUGUGAUCAUCCCCUCCACCAUGAAGCCCUACAUGAGUGCAGACUUUGUUCUCACUGUCUACUCCAAGACUGAGGCCAAGAUCAGUCCCCAUGAUGAAGAUGAAGACGAUGAUCAUGACCACAAAGAGGAGGAGAACCUAAUUCUUCCUGAGGUGCCUACCGACAAUGACAAGGACGAUGACAAGGACAAGGAGGAGACCACUGACAGGAAAGCCAUCCGGGCCAUGUUCAACAGCUACGCUGAUCAGUAUGGUCGACUGAAAGCCAGACAGCUCCAGAAGCUUCUGAACGACAACUUCCCUCAUGGCACCUGGUAUGGCUUUGGUUUGGAUACCUGCAUGAGCAUGAUAGCCAUGGUGGAUACCGACCAAAGAAUGAUGAUGACCGUCAAUGAGUUCUCAACUCUCUGGGAGAAGAUUAACAAAUACAAGAAAGACUUUCAUCGUGCAGAUUUGAAUGGGAAUGGAUCCCUGUCCGAACGUGAGCUCCAGAAGGCAAUUGGGGAUGCAGAAAUGGACACAGACGACAUCAUGGUGAAGCUGCUGAUGGCCCGGUACUCAGGCAUGUCAAACACCUCCAUGGAGAGCUUCAUCACUCUGAUGUUACGCCUGGAGAAGAUCUCAGAUGUUUUCAAGGACAAAUCAUCCGAUGGAGUGAUCCACUUGUCCUGGAGUGAGUGGUCCAACUUCUCCAUGUACAACUAG